AUGACCCAAACACUUCUCUGGAUCGGCCUCGGCAAUAUCGGCAGGGGUAUGUGUAAAAACAUUGCGGAAAAGUCCAAACUUGACAAGCCGCUUCUCAUCUACAACCGCACCACCAAGCGGGCCACGGAACUGAGCCAGAGCCUGCCCGCUGGCAAGACAAAGGUUGUCGAGUCACUCGGAGACGCCAUUGCCGAGGCCGACAUCAUCUUCACGUGCGUUGCCAACGAUCAAGCGGUGGAGGAGAUAUUCGCAACCGCAGCGCAGCAGAAACUUGAGGGGAAAGUCUUUGUGGAAUGCUCAACCAUUGCUCCCGGUGCUUCAGAAGCAGCUGCAAAGGCGGUGCUGGACAAGGGCGCGGAGUUCAUCUGUGCGCCUGUGUUUGGAGCACCUGCCAUGGUAGCUGCUGGCAAUGCGACCUUGGUGCUUGCCGGGCCCAAGGCUUCGAUUGAGAAGAUCCGUCCCUAUAUUGAUGCCAUGGCAGCUCGCGAGAUCAAUAUGGCCGAUGAGCCGUACCGCAAGGCUUCGACGCUGAAGGUGCUGGGCAACACCGUCAUUUUGGGUAUGGUCGAGCAGCUGGCCGAGACAUAUGUGGCCGCCGAGAAGAGCGGACUCGGGACUGGCUAUAUGAAGCAAUUCGUCGACGCCAUGUUCGGUGGCAGCCCAUACCCCGCGUACUCGGAGCGGAUGUUGAAAGGUGACUAUUACAAGAGGGAGGAGCCGCUCUUCGCCGUUGAUCUGGCGAGAAAAGACGCUGGUCACGCGAUGGCUAUUGCCCAAGCUGCAGGCACACGACUGCCGAAUAUCGAAAAUGCCGAUAGACACCUACAGAUUGUCAAAGAGCACGUAGGGCCGUCUGGCGACAUGGCAGGCAUAUAUGGAGCCGUAAGAAAGGAAGCUGGUCUAAAGUAUAGCAUCUUCGUCGGCCUCGUCAUCGUCGUCGCGAUGGGCGCUGGCGCAUGGUUCCUGUCUCCCAAGGGCGACACCCAGAUCAUCUGGAGGUCCUCCCUCCUCCUUGCCCUCGCAUGCUGCUACCUCAUGUGGGCCAUCACGUUCCUCGCCCAACUCCACCCUUUGAUCGAACCCAAACGCAGCAACCUCCGAGAGAGUGCCGUGCACCAUUAA